AUGAGUCGUUUGUUUAGAACAAAAUCUUGUAAUUCAAGCAGCUCCCAAACCAGUAUAAGCCAACUUCCAGAAAUAGUUAAUGAAGAACAUUUUGAAUAUGAUUCCAGUAGCAAAGAACAAUUAGAUUUUAGAGAUUGGAAUAUCCCUAAAGUCCCGAGUCAAAAAAUCUAUAAGAAACAUUGGUUGCCUUCUAGUUUUAAUAGCACAACCCAUGUCAAAACAGUUGAACAAGUGUAUGCCUUGAGCAAAGAACAUGAAACCUGUCAGUUGCUUAAUCUUGAGUCUAUUAAGAAACAUAAAACUGAUGGAAACAACUUCCUGCACAUUGGUCUAGUUCAAGUUGCUGUUAAGCCCCUAACCAGAUUAGGGUUAAAAGCCUCUAUUUUCCUUGGUUUACGAGAUGCUAGAUUCACUGAGUUUAGCGACAGUUGCUUAGGAGUCAUUGAGUCCAGUUUGUGUAAUGGCCCAGUUCAUUUUGAUUGCUAUCCAGAUUUUACUGUAAGCCUUAGUGAUCCUCACAUACUAAAGACUUUAACUUUGAAUAUUAAGACUGAAGGUUAUAAUGUCCUCCCAGGAACCCAACCUUUGGCCUUAGUCUAUAGAAUUUACUAUAAGGUUACAGGCACCAAUAUGAACUUUCAAGCCCUUAAUAAAAGCCCAAAAGACCAAACUGUUCUAAUACAGAGUCACACGCCAGAUGCACGAGUCCAAGUUCCGCAAACCAUUAAGUGGUCAGAAGUUGCCCUUCCAAAAGAAUGGACCUUAGUCACUGAGAGCCAACCAGCUCCCAUUCAGCGUAGUCUAAACAAUUUAGACUACAUCCAACAGUAUUUAGACGGCACAGUAAAAAUUCGAUUUGAUAAUCAACCUCUAAAGAAGUCUAAUGUCCAGUUGCAACAAUUACCGACCCCUGGUCAAUCCCAGAGGCAUGCCCCUGCUAGGCGCUCUUUUACAGCCUCAUCUUCCACUCUAGAACGAGACCUAGAGUUACAGAAAGCCAUGAUUGACUUUAAGCUUGAGUCCCUGAGAAAAUCCUCUCAGGUAAACCAACCUUGCUAUGGCAAGGCACCAGUCCAAGAAGAUAAGUCUAAUUCACCUGAGUCUCCCACACAGUCUGAUUUCCUAGUUGAUAACCAACUUAGAACCCUUAAUAAGAAAUUUGAGAUUAAUUGGAAACGUUUAAAUUCCCAUCUUAAGUCUCCAGAAAAUCAAAAUAGACGAGAUAGUUAUCACCAUGCCUAUCCUGAUAGUGAAAGCCGACAAAGAAUCUUUACUGAAUGGAAAGAUUAUAUGCGGUCAACCAAAGUUGAAAUUUUCUACCUUGAUUUUAUUGAAAGCCGUUAUAUGUCUAGUGAAUUAAAAACCCUAACCAAAGAAAAGUGGAAAUUAAUAGACAGAUCAGAAGUUGAAGCUAGUCAUCCCCCAGUUGAAACCAUUGUUAUAAGCCAUAGGAAUACUCUCAUACCUGCCAGUCCCUUCAAAACUUAUGAAAAUGAUGAUGAAAAUAAGAGGAUAAUUGAGCAAAACAAUUAUACCAACCAGAGUCUAAUUGUCAUAGGAAAACAGUUAGAUACAAUUGAGACAAAAAUUGACAAGAUAAAUUCCCCAGAAAUUAAGUCUAAGACAAAAGUUGAAAAACCAAUAGUCCAGUUCCAGGAUCUUCAGUCAAGCCCAACGCUUAAGAUCAAACCAACAAUGAAGAAAAUUGAAGAAAUGCUAGAACAGUUAACCCCAAUUAAAGCCGAAAAAUCUGGUCUUAAAACACUAGAUUCCGUUACAAACCCCACUGAGUCUGACCCUGAGUCAGUAGAUUCCGAAAUUAGUAACAUUUCAAAAAUUGAAAGUGCUUUCAAAAACCUAGAAGUCCAAGUUGAACCUAGAGUCAAAAAAUUGGAAAAACAUAUAAGCCCUACCAGUUUAACCAGAAAUUGGUACCCUAGACCAACUCCUCCAGACAUUCAAUUUGAAGAAAGAAACCUCCAAACCCAGUUCUCGGUUUCUUCCGAUAAAAUGUAUGAAUGGAACAUUGAUGGUCUUUCUGAGCAAGAAAUCUUUAAUAAGCUACAACACAUGUCCAUGGUUGCUAAUAGUUAUAUCACCAAUCACAGUUUCAGACAGUCUGAAAUUGUACCCCUGUUAGUCACCGGAUUUACUGGUACUCUCAGGUAUUGGUGGGAUAAGCACUUAACCCCUGAGUCAAAAAGUUUGAUCAUUCAUGCUGUAAAACUUAAUGAAGACGGCCUCCCUAUAUUCGACGAACAAAUAGGUCAAGGUAUAGAAGACGGAGUCAAUACUCUGCUUUAUACGAUAAUUGAGCAUUUCAUUGGAACCCCUAGUCAUACCACCGCUAGGAUACAUGAUCAGUUGAGCAAUCUUAGAUGCCCUAAAUUAUCUGAUUUCAGAUGGUUACAGAGUAAUCCUCCUCCAUGGUCAAACAUUCAUACUGAAAUUGUUAAGCAAAUCAAAGCCCAUGUCAAGACACUUCCUUGCCUUGGCAUUCCUUCAGUUGAUUCCUUCAAAAUAGUUGAAACUGAUGCCUCUGACACAGGUUAUGGUGGCAUUCUGAAACAACAAGUCUCCCCAGAAUCUCCAGAACAAAUUAGAAUUCUUGCAGGAUGCACAAUGGCACCCAAAAAAGACAAGCAAAAAGAGUCAACCAGCCAAUCUAAGUCUUCCCAGUCGCCUACCCAGUCGCUCCGAGUCCUCCCUGCAUCUAUGAGUCAAAAUAAGCCGGAUAUCCCCAAGUCGGUGGUUCCUUACCCGGGACAUCCACCAAUCUCAGUUGCCUCACCAAUUCCAGUUGCUAAUAGAUUCUCUGCCCUGGGAUCUACAGUUGGCCAAAUUCGCCCUAGUUAUCAAAGAACCCUAAUCUCCAGUUAUGAUCCCUUCUUUGGUGAUUCCCCUGCUGGACCUUCAGUUGCCCCCCUUAAAAGGUCAUCCCCCUAUAUGCCUAAAAGCAUUUCUCAUUUAUUUGUUCUUGAGCCUUUAUACGAUAUUCAUUCUGAUCCAGUUGAAAUAGCCAAACACUAUUUUCCUCCUGGAUUUCAUUAUAUACCUCCCAGUCCAUAUAAGUCUCUCAAGUAUUAUAGAGAUAUAUUACUUGAAUCUCAAUCAGUUGAAAUUAAGCCGAUAAGGGAUAAAGAUCGUCCUGAGAUUAUCCUUUAUCAUUCUCUAUAUGUCCAUAAGAUUAUGCUUUUUGUAGCCAGAUACAAAGUCCCUUGGAUCCUCAAGUGGUCUUAUUCAGUUGCCAAAGACUCUACCCGAGUUCUUACCCGCCAAUUCUCUGUCAAAUGGUGGGAUAAAUUUGAAGUUGACAGAAUUGCCAGAUAUGUCUACAAUGAUUUGCCCCAAGAGCCUAUUCCGCGUCCUGUUUCUCCUACUGGUUCGACCCGAUCUUCUCUCUCAGUCGAAGGAAAAUCGAAGUCUGAACUCCAAGAAAUUGCACGCCAGUUGAUCAUCCAAGCCUCUCAGAUGGAUGAUGAUGAAGACAAUGAUUCCCCUUCAUCGUCCAGCUGUCAGCCCAUGCACAGUCCUGCCCCUAAGAAGUCUUGGUUUGAAGACAGUCAAGACCCAUAUGAUGGGUAUGAUUUGAAUUCUGACGAAGCAAUCCAGUUGCAGGCACAAUAA